AUGUUUUUUCUUGUACAUCAUUAAUUAUUGAGAUCAUGUUAUCAUACGAAAUAUCAAUUUAAUUAGAUUUAUAUAAAUCAAGAAUAAGAUUUUUAAGAGUCUUAUAUUUGCGUAUGUUUGUUUUUAGAAUUCCUAAAAUAAAAAAGAACCUUUACUAAUAAAGUUUCUAUAAAAAUUAAAUCCUUUAAUAAACUUGCUAUAUAUGAAUAUGAAGGGAAGAUAAAAAAUUAAAAAGAAAUCAUUUUUUUUGAGAAAUUAUAAAUUCUUGAUAAUUACAAAGUAAUUAUAUAUAUAGCAUAGAACGCUUUAAGAGAUAAAAAGAUGACAUAAAAUUUAAAUAAUUUAAUGAAUUUUGGUUAUCCUAAAUCUGAAUUUCAAACUCCUUAAAAGCCAAUUUAUCAUAGAUCAUAACAUAAACACAAUUCUAGUCAACCUUUAUUAGGAUAGUAUUUUCGAGAUGUACAAGAACCAAAAAUGAGUCUGUGUAAAGUUGGGGAAGAGUCCUUAAAAAAAUGGGAUUUCUUUUCUGAUCCUUUUAGUCUACCUGAAAAAUAUUUAAUUAGUCCAUAAAAUAAAAUGAAAACAGAAACAACUGAUAUGGGAUUUGAUAGUAUCGAUUUUAUGUUAGGAAAAUUAACUGAUAGAUAUAGCUCAUCAUCUCUUUAAUUGUUACAUUAAAAAACUCAAUCAGAAAAAAUAAUUGGUAAAAAAGUUCAGUUCUCUGAAAUAGUAUAAGUUAAGAAUGAUGAUGGAAGUGAAUCUGAAGAACCUAUGUCAAAAUUAUCUAGAUAAAAAGCAAGAAAAAGCAAGUUUUCUAUGAAAAGUUAGAGAUCAAUUAUUCAAGAUUGA